AGCUCCAGGGAGGGACCUGGGCAGACAGAGAAGCCGGAAACAGCAGGCCGGGGCAGCCAGGGUUUACAGUGAAGAGGAAGGCCUGGAGCCGAGUGCGUGUUUGUGUGUGUGUGUGUGUGUGUGUGUGUGUGUGCGCGCGCGCGCGCGCAUGAGUGUGUGCGUUUGUGAUGUGUGCGUGUACACAUUGAGUUUUUAGGGCCAGCCCAGAACCCGCUGGACAGAGCCACAGACCCAUGGGGCCUGGCAGUGCCCGCUGAGAGAGGGAGAAGAUAGCAGAGGGGCUGCCAAGGCACCCUGCACACCCCAGAUCAUGUCUCUGUGGGGUCUGAUUUCCAAGAUGCCCCCGGAAAAACUGCAACGGCUCUACGUUGACUUUCCCCAGCACCUUCGGCAUCUCUUGGCUGACUGGCUGGAGAGUCAGCCCUGGGAGUUCCUGGUUGGUUCAGAUGCCUUCUGCUACAACAUGGCUAGUGCCCUACUCUCAGCCACUAUCCAGCGUCUUCAGACCUCAGCCGGAGAGCAGGGGAAAGGAAGCACCAUUUUGCAACACAUCAGCACCUUGGAGAGCAUCUAUCAGAGGGACCCCCUAAAGCUGGUGGCCACCAUCAGACAAAUACUUCAAGGGGAGAAAAAAGCUGUUAUAGAAGAGUUCCGUCACCUGCCAGUGCCCUUCCACCAGAAGCAGGAAGAGCUCAAGUUCACCACAGCCCUUGGGAGGCUUCAGCACCGAGUGCGGGAGACCCGCCUUCUCCGAGAAAGUCUGCAGCAAGGCACCAAGGCUGGACAAGUGUCUCUGCACAGCUUGAUGGAAAGUCCUGCCAACGGCACUGGUCCAAGCGAGGACCUGGCCGCGAUGCUGCAGGGGACUGUGGGAGACCUGGAGGUCACCCAGGCCCUGGUGCUGAAAAGGAUCCAGAUUUGGAAGCGGCAGCAGCAACUGGCAGGGAAUGGCACCCCCUUUGAGGAGAGCCUCUCGGGGCUGCAGAAAAGGUGUGAAAGCCUGGUGGAAAUCUACUCCCAGCUACAACAGGAGGUGGGGGCAGCCAGCGGGGAGCUCGAGCCCAAGACCAGGGCAUCGCUGAUCAGCCGCCUGGAUGAAGUCCUGCGAGCCCUUGUGACCAGCUCUUUCCUGGUAGAGAAGCAGCCCCCUCAGGUUCUGAAGACACAAACUAAGUUCCAGGCUGGAGUUCGGUUCCUGCUGGGUCUGCAGUUCCUGGGGACCUCAGCCAAGCCCCCGCUGGUCAGGGCCGACAUGGUGACAGAGAAACAGGCUAGAGAGCUAAGCCUGCCACAAGGGCCCGGGACUGGAGUGGAGAGCACUGGGGAGAUCAUGAACAACACCGUGCCUCUGGAGAACAGCAUUCCUGGGAACUGCUGCUCUGCCCUGUUCAAGAACCUGCUCCUGAAGAAAAUCAAGCGCUGUGAGCGGAAGGGCACAGAGUCUGUCACCGAGGAGAAGUGCGCAGUGCUCUUCUCCACCAGCUUCAUGUUGGGGCCCAACAAGCACCUCAUUCACCUUCAGGCCCUGUCUCUGCCAUUGGUGGUUAUCGUCCAUGGUAACCAAGACAACAAUGCCAAAGCCACUAUCCUGUGGGACAAUGCUUUCUCCGAGGUGGACCGUGUGCCUUUUGUGGUAGCUGAGAGAGUGCCCUGGGAGAAAAUGUGCGAAACCCUGAACCUCAAGUUCAUGGCUGAGGUGGGGACCAGCCGGGGACUGCUACCAGAACACUUCCUCUUCCUGGCCCAGAAGAUCUUCAAUGACAACAGCCUUAGCAUGGAGGCCUUCCAGCACCGUUGUGUAUCUUGGUCACAGUUCAACAAGGAGAUCCUGUUGGGCCGCGGCUUCACUUUCUGGCAGUGGUUUGAUGGUGUCCUAGAUCUCACUAAACGCUGUCUCCGGAGCUAUUGGUCAGACCGGCUGAUCAUCGGCUUCAUCAGCAAACAGUACGUCACAAGCCUUCUCCUCAACGAGCCAGACGGAACUUUCCUCCUCCGCUUUAGCGACUCUGAGAUUGGUGGCAUCACCAUUGCCCAUGUUAUCCGGGGUCAGGAUGGCUCCCCACAGAUAGAGAACAUCCAGCCAUUUUCUGCUAAAGACCUGUCCAUUCGCUCACUGGGGGACCGGAUCCGGGAUCUUGCUCAGCUAAAAAACCUCUACCCCAAGAAACCCAAGGAUGAGGCCUUCCGGAGCCACUAUAAGCCUGAACAGAUGGGGAAGGACGGGAGGGGUUACGUCUCGACUGCCAUCAAGAUGACUGUGGAAAGGGACCAGCCUCUCCCUACUCCAGAGCCUCACAUGCCCACCAUGGUGCCGUCUUAUGAUCUUGGAAUGGCCUCUGAUACCUCCAUGCAACUCAGCUCAGAUAUGGGGUACCCUCCGACGUCUCAUUCCAUCCACUCAUUUCAAAACCUCCCCCUAGAAGAGUCAAUCAGUGUACUUCCAGCCUUCCAGGAACCUCCUCACCUGCAAAUGCCUCCCAACAUGAGCCAGAUGAGCCUACCCUUUGACCAGCCUCACCCCCAGGGCCUGUUGCAGUGUCAGUCCCAGGAGCAUGCUGUGUCCAGCCCUGAACCCUUGCUCUGCCCAGAUGUGGCCAUGGCAGAGGACAGCUGCCUAACUCAGCCUGUGGGAGGUUUCCCCCAGGCCACCUGGGUCGGUGAAGUGGGCCUAGGAAACAGAACUAUCCACGAAGACAUGUUCCCUCCCUUACUGCCACCCACGGAACAGGACCUCACCAAGCUGCUCCUGGAGGGCCAAGGGGAGGCAGGAGGAGGAUCCUUGGGGGCCCAGCCCCUACUGCAACCAUCUCCUUAUGGGCAACCUGGGAUCUCUAUGUCCCACCUGGACCUACGGACCAACCCCAGUUGGUGAUCCCAGCUGGAGAAGCCCAGACACAGAGCCUCUUCUGUUCUAUGGACCUGCUCUGGGCACCUGCUCACACAGGUGCCUCCCAUCUCCAGCUGCUCCUUGGUCAGGAGGAAAGAACUGGCUGGGAGGAUGCAUGGCAGCGUGUGGAACCACAGCACUCCGUGCUUCCAACCACAGCAGGGCCCCCUUUUCCAGCUCGGGGGCACAGGGAUGUUCAGGCUCUGAUGUCUUAACAGGCACCUUCAUGCCUGCAUCACACCACACACACACACGCCUACACACACAGGGACCAGAACACGCUCAGCAGGAGGGACUAGGCAAGAGCAGGUCAGGGCGCCAGGGGCUCCUGUGUUAAGCCAGGACCUGGAACACAUGCAUAAAAGCAAGACACACAGCCUCGGAUAGAGGGCGUAGACUUAGGGCAUUGGAGCAGAGGUCAGGAGACCCUGGGUGGGGGGAAAAGGGGGUGUAGGCAUAUCGUUACUGGUAAGGAUUUUGCCCAGAUUAAAAGUUCCUUCAAAGCUCCAAAUUCUUGCCAAAACGGCUGUGGCAGUUGAGAGCCUCACAAAAGCUAGGCGUCUAUGUGUGUAGCUGUGCCAAUGUUUACCCGAGAAAUGUUAACCUACAGAUGUCACACGCUCACUAUACAGGACAUGUAUCUCUGCUUUUGCCUGUGUGACAACAUAUAUUUGAAAGGCUCAGAGUAACCUAAUAAUUUUGAGCGUAACUACGUCGCUGUGACAUGCAUAUAGCUAUAGCCUUUGGCGACUCCAUGCUUCCUGUGUUUCCUAGAGCCCAAGGACUGAACAGGGAUACAGGCCUCGCUGUGAGGCAUCCUGGGCGCUGGUGGCCCCGACUGCUAUUUCUCUUGUACUUUUCCAUCCACCGCUGGCUUCUCUCCACUCACACCUCAUGCGGUUCCCUUUUCCCUCCCUAGAGGGAGGGGGGUCAUGGAUCCUAAGCCAUAAAAUAAAUUUUAUUCCAAAAUAACAAAAUAAAUAAUCUACUGUACACGA